CCUUUCUGCUACUGUUCCUCUUACCAUUUCGUCUUACCUGAUCGUGUCUUGUCUUCCCUCAAAAAAAUCCAAACUUCACUUCUGGGUUUUUCCUCAAUUACCCAUUUUCUGAUCAUGACGGUCGUCGACAACGUCGUAGCUGGUACGGAGGCUGUUGCGAUCUCGCCGUCGCCGCCGUCUUCAGUCACCAGCCAAGGAUCAGGAGUCUCCACCAACGACGAUCAGGGUGAGAUCGGAUCACACGCGGAGAGAUCUGACGGUGGAGAGAGCUUCAAGCAGCGUGACAUGAGAGAGCUCCAGGAGCUUUUGUCUAAGCUUAACCCCAUGGCUGAAGAGUUCGUCCCUCCUUCAAUGAACAAACAAGGAGGAGCUAACGGGUUUAACGGCGUUAACGGUGGUUUCUUCACCGUCGCUGGCUCUUUCCUCCCCAACAACAAUGGGUUUGGUGCUGCCGGUUAUUUCCCCGUUAACCAAGACGGCGGUUUUAGAAGGAAGAAGCCGUUCGGACAACAAGGGAAACGGAGGAUGAAUCCUCGGACAAGUAUGGCUCAGCGUGAAGACAUCAUUCAAAGAACUGUCUAUGUGUCUGAUAUCGAUCAACAGGUCACCGAGGAGCAGCUUGCUGGUUUGUUCAUAGGCUUUGGACAGGUUGUUGACUGUCGCAUCUGUGGUGACCCAAACUCAGUGCUUCGGUUUGCUUUCAUCGAGUUCACUAAUGAAGCUGGUGCAAGAGCUGCGUUGAACUUGUCUGGGACGAUGCUGGGCUUCUAUCCUGUCAAGGUUAUGCCAUCCAAAACAGCUAUUGCACCUGUUAACCCCACUUUCUUGCCAAGGACUGAAGAUGAGCGUGAGAUGUGUGCGAGAACUAUCUACUGCACUAACAUCGACAAGAAGGUGACUCAAACGGACAUAAAGCUCUUUUUUGAGGCUGUGUGUGGAGAGGUUUACUGUCUGAGGCUUCUGGGAGAUUAUCAUCAUCCCACUAGAAUCUGUUUCGUUGAGUUUGUCAUGGCUGAAAGUGCGAUAACUGCUCUCAACUGCAGUGGUGUCAUUGUUGGUUCUUUACCCAUAAGGGUGAGUCCGUCAAAGACACCUGUUCGUUCCCGUGCUGUCCCACGACAGCAAAUGCAUUGACAAGUAGCAGCUACAGAGUUUAUAUACGUAUCUCUGCUCUCACAGACAUGUUAAGAUAUACUUGUCUGAAACUCUGGUCUUUUGUUUUUUUUUUCCCUAUGUAAUGCUUGGAAGCUCGAUGAUGCUUCUGUUGCCUUUUGCUUUUGGGAUCUUUUGAGUAAAUCUCUUAGGGAGUUAUUUUUCGAUUUCGUUUUUUUUUUUUUUUACUUUUAGGGUAAAGAAGUUACACAGAGCAUAUGUGAAAAAACACUGAGAGUUAAGAGGGCCUUUUGAAGACUAUCUGUUUAAUGGCCGUUUCUUUA